ACAGACAAAAUGAAUGUCUAUGGAUGGUCACUCGACGCGACGAACAGGCAAAACUGGCUGGCAGUCUGUUGCCGCAGUUGCAGUGGAGGGUUGAUACGUCAGUACAUGUUGCUUAUUUGUCGUGAAAAUGCAGUGAAUGGAGUGUUUUUAUAUCAACAUUGUGACUGAAAUUCAUGCUGAAUCUCAACUAGAGUUAUUGGUGAUUGCAGUGGAGUGUGUAAUUGUGAAUUUAAGUGAACGUUAUUGUGUUUAAUUGUGACCUAAAACGGUGGAAGGUGCGAUUAUUUCAAGUUCGCCGGCUUAUCAUGUUAUGGAAAUGGUGUUGGUUCAAAAAAGAUGCCGAUCAUGCAGACUGACGGGUUCGGAGCCGCGUUACGCUAAAGAACAGUUUUAAUAUCAAGUUCAGUGGAGUUUGAAAUUAGAAGCACUACAUUUUGAUGCUUUCUGUGAUUUAAUUUUAAAAUGCGCCAUUGCGAUUAGCUAGCGCGCACGACGCGCUCGUGAUUAGUGAUGUGGUGUGUCCAUUGUGGAUAUCGAUAGUCCAAGAUGGCGACGAUGGAUCUUACAAACGAAGUCGUCCGAUUAAGGGCGGAGCUGGAGAAAGUCUCCCAGGAACGGGACAUGUUGCUGUGCGAAGUCUCAAAUUUGAGACGCGAAUUGGAGUUGAGCGAGUUGAAACAUCUACAAGAUGACAGCUUCUCACAAAAGGUGGACGAGGAGGAAUCCAGUGGCGGCGUGGCUCUACAUCCACCGGACGGUUUCUACUCGCACCAGCACUCGCUGCAUAGCCACCAUGGACACCCUGAGCCAGACAGGGGGUACAUGGAGGGCAACAGAUAUGUUACUGCUGUCCACCGGCCCAUGCCAGCAUUGAACCACUCUAAUUCGUCAUGCUCUUCUGCUUCGAACGCGUCAACAGGCGCAGGUCUGUGCGCGGGCACGCAGGAACCGCCGCCGCCUCUAUACAUCGCCGCACCGCCGGAGGGAUUCGGUUUGGCAGUGCAUACCAACAGGCGUGGCACAGAUGUAUCCAUCAUUGGGACUACUGGGAUAACGCAAAAAGACCCGAGCUUGCCCCAAAAACGGGGCAAAUUGAUUAGAGGUCGCUAUGAAAUGUCACAAGACCUCCUCGAUAAGCAAGUUGAGAUUCUGGAGAGGCGAUACGGGGGUCUCAGGGCCAGGAGGGCGGCGGUAACCAUCCAGAGGGCGUUCAGAAGACGCCAACUGCUGAAGAAGUUCAGUGCCAUCACAGCUAUGGCCAAGGCCGCAGACUCCACAGCGAGGAGGAUGCAAGAUGGCCCUGAUCACGUUCAACUAGUCAAUGGUACAGAUAUAUACGCAAACACGUUACUACAGAAAAGCCCAGCGGGUGCUGAAAAGAUGCUCGCGUUGACACGACCCAUGCGGUCUAUGUCGCUUAGAGAACGUCACGACAUGGAUAUGAGUAACCAUCUCCAAUACGAGACGAAUGAUGUAGAAGCGAUGGUGGCUCGAGUCCAGCAGUCAGCUCAUCAGAUACACAUGAUCGCAUCAGAUAUACCGCCACAUCAUCGUGGCGAUACUGACAGUGGGGUGUGCAGCUGUUCAGUGAGCGGUUCCGUUACCAAUAUAUCGACUUCCUCGUCGCACAAUGAAUCUCUACAUAACCAUCAAUUGCUUAAUAAUACUGGUCCUAUAUACGGUAACCUCUUGUCAUCUGGUGGUAAACCUCUGUCGUCUCCAACUGCGCGGCAGCAACAGCAGCUAGCGGCAAUACAGGCGGCGAAUGCUCGACGAUUACCGCCCGAAGUACCAAAGAGAACAAGCAGUAUUACACUAAAUGCGGAGAGUCCAGUAUCGUUACGUCGCGCGGAAUGCGGCGGCGCUGUAGUGAGAGGCGGUUCGAUGUCCUCCGUGCAGUCUUCAUCAUCAUCAUCAUCUCAAGAACAUCGCCAUCACUAUCACCAGCCUUACCAACCCAGGGCGCCGGAACCGCACGUCCACAUCCAAGAGCAGCACUUCCAAGCCCACCAAAGGACAGCAUCGGGUACCGUGUAUGAAGGAGUGGAUCGCUACAGCGUGUGGAAGCGGCAGGACGCGCCCCCCUACUACGAGGCCCCGCCCCCGCCCCCCGCCGCCUGCUGCCGCCUCCCGCACGAACACGCCCACCAGCCACUCAAGGUUUCUGAAACGGUUCGCAAGCGGCAAUAUCGUGUCGGUUUAAAUCUGUUCAACAAGAAACCGGAACGGGGCAUAGCGUACCUAAUCGCUAGAGGUUUCUUAGAGAACUCCCCUAGAGGCGUAGCUAGAUUCCUCAUUACCAGGAAGGGACUGAGCAAGCAGAUGAUUGGAGAAUACUUGGGCAAUUUGCAGAGUCCAUUCAAUAUGGCAGUCUUAGAGUGUUUCGUGAACGAGCUUGAUCUAUCCGGUAUGGCGGUAGAUGUCGCCUUACGAAGAUACCAAGCCCAUUUCCGGUUACCGGGCGAGGCGCAAAAGAUAGAAAGACUAGUGGAAGCUUUCGCGAGGCGUUACUGUGUCUGCAAUCCGGAUUUUGUGCAGCGAUUACGUACACAGGACACGAUAUUUGUCUUGGCGUUUGCCAUAAUAAUGCUGAACACAGAUCUCCACACACCGAACUUGAAACCAGAAGCUCGUAUGUCACUAGAUGACUUUGUACGAAAUUUAAGAGGAAUCGACGACUGCGGAGAUAUAGACAGAGACAUGCUCGCCGGUAUAUACGAUAGAGUGAAAUCGAGCGAGUUCAGACCUGGAAGCGACCAUGUCACGCAGGUGAUGAAAGUCCAAGCCACGAUCGUCGGUAAGAAACCACAUCUCGCCCUGCCACACCGACGGUUAGUCUGCUACUGCAGACUUUACGAGAUACCUGAUAUUCAUAAGAAGGAACGCCCUGGUGUACAUCAGAGGGAGGUGUUCCUAUUCAAUGACCUGUUAGUGAUAACGAAGAUAUUCAGCAAAAAGAAGUCAUCGGUGACAUAUACAUUCCGUCAGUCAUUCCCGCUCUGCGGAAUGAGUGUCAACCUGUUCUCUGUGCCACAUUAUCCGUUCGGGAUUCGUUUGUCGCGACGCGUGGAUGGCCGCCGAUUGGCGACGUUCAAUGCUCGCAACGAACACGAUCGUUGCAAGUUCGCGGAGGAUCUGCGCGAGAGUAUCGCGGAAAUGGACGAUAUGGAAGCGAUGAGGAUCGAAGGGGAACUGAACAGGGGCAAAGGGAGAACCGGCGGGAACAAUAGGAACGUUAUGGAGAAUCGGGAUAGUGGCGUCGCAGACGUAGAGAUCGAUCAUCAGCAGUGCAUGGAUCACAUGCACGUUCAUGGUGUGGUGGUUCCACCUCCACCGUCCGGUCCGGCUCCGUCGGCACCAUCUCGUCUCCCGCACAACCCACCGCCUACUACCAUCAUCAAGAGGAACGUACUCUCCAACUCUCUAGUCGACAUUAACGACCCAGUCGCUUUAGCGGCCGAGCGUCUUCAACGGCGAGGCUCAGUGGGAUCGUUGGACAGCGGUAUGUCUGUCUCGUUCCAGCACGGCAGCAGGAACGCUUUACACGCCACCUCGCCAAGACAUCCCGGAGAACAACGUUCGCCUGGUCGACUCUUUGGUGGUAUAUUUCCUGGACGACAACGCAAACUGAGCGCCUCUGGUGUCCCAGAUUCGAAACACGGACAAGUCGGCAAGAGCACGGAAGUAUAAAUUUGACAAUCCAAUGAAACUCAAAAUUUGAUUUUUUUUGAGACGCGAUUUCCAUUAAAGAAGGAAUCUAAAGAGUCUAAGGACUAAUUAUUCAUUUACUCUGAUAAAAUUCUGGUUUUUGUGAUGUUCACACAAGAAAGGAUAACUAAUCAGUAACGUUGUUUUGAUGAAUAUUAUUUUAUGAUGGUAGACAUCGACAUUUAUGAGAAACGGACUUUAUGCGAAUGUAUUAAGAUUCAAUAUACAUCGACUAACACGUGAACAAUUUUCGAGCUGGUUUCGAAAAGCUAUAUUUAUGAUUACUAUUGAAGCGACAUAGCUUUUUCUUUCAAUAUAAUUAUGAUAUGACAAAGGAUGGUAAUGAUUUUUGUAGGGGCAGUCCAAAUCUAACAGAAGACCUGUCAAUACUUGUUGAUUCCUCGGAGUGCGUUAUUCUGUUAUAAAAAAGCUGUCAUAGUAAUGAUGAUCUAUUAAAAAAAUCUUGAAAAGGUAAAGGUCAAGGGUUUUAUUCAAUUGAAACUGGUUUUUUAUUGUUGCUGCUGGCUGGUUCGAGGCUGGUUUUAAUAGAAUAGCAACCCAUGUUUAUCGCAGACAAUAGGACGCAUUACCGCAACUUUGUCGCUUUGUUGCAGUACUUAGUACUGUUUACUUCAUAUACUAGUCUAGUACAAACGUUUCACAGAAUAAGUAAUAGUGAGCAUGGAAAUUUUAUCAAACUAUACUUCAGCGCUGCAUUUUAAUGUGCGAAAAACAAACGAACUAACUAAAUGAAAAAGUUGUUUUAUUUACUCCAUGUUCUAAUGUUGAAAUAUAACUACGAGCUUUGUCUAAUAUUUCCAAUUACCCGACACAAUUACGUACGUGAGUCACUUGACCAAUCUUCUGUCAGAUUUGCAUGAGCCCAUAAUGUUAUACAUUAAAUGUGGUAACAUUAAAAUUUAUAUAAUUCUCUAUAGUCUUCCGAUUUAGAGAAAAAGACUUAACUAGAUAUUCAUUACACUAUUGUGAACUGUCGUCGAAACAUUUUCGUAUUUGAAAAUGUAAAUUUUUGUUAUAAUGUUUUAUUUUUUUACUGUGCCAUCUUUCGAUAUUUGAAAUGAAACUAUCCUAUAGAAAUAAUAGUAAUAUUAUUUGUUCGAGUGCCAACUGAAACAUUUUUGGUACUUUAUUAACAAGUAGCAUUUUCUUAAAAAUAUAGGACAUAUAGUUACAUUAAUAUAACGGUUUUACGGGAGAGGUGAAUGGGAUCAGGCGGAUUUUGGUAAUAUUUAAAUACGGAAAUGGUCAAACAAUAUAUUAGAAUUGUCGAAGAUGGAAAAUAAUAUCGCUAAAUAUAUAUAUCUGUCAAAAAAUUUGAUAUCAAAUGCAUAUUCAAGUUCUUUAAAAAAUAAUUUUGCCUUUACAAAUGGCGGGUUGUAUAUUUCGAUAACGUAAACUAAAUAUUGGGUCCAUGUUAUUGGAAGUAGGGUAAUAUAGCAGCUGAUUUUCAUAAAUAACAGCACUACCUUCGAUAGUGAACUAAACCAACCGUUAUUGGUUACAUUAUACGCCAACUUAUUGGAUACAUUGCAUCUAGAAACUUACUAUAGAUCG